UAAAACUAAAUCUAAAGACUAAAUCUCGAAACAGUAUAGUAGGUAGUACUUCAUAUAAUUAUUUAAAUGUAUCUGACAAAUCGAAUUUUCAAUAAAUUCCUUUAAGCGUACACAUGUAGCAAAUAAUCUUAAUCUGCCUCCCUAUAGUAGUAAUUUGUAAUCCGAUAUAUUACCCUUAAAGCCGUUAAGAUGAUAAAAAUGUGUAAGGGAGAAGUUCAUUUAAACUUGUGCACUGUGUGUAUGCUGCUAGUGUAGUGCAUGAUUUAUAACUAUAAACAAUGGCAUUAUUUAAUUGAUUAUGCUUUAAUCAAGAAAAAUGAUUUUUUGAUUGAUUAUGUCUGGCUUUAGGUAAAUCUACCUACUGGAAAUUAAUAUAAAAAUUUUGUAAAGCUAGAAGAACAUAAUAUAUCGUAUUUACAGCUGCAGAAAAAGUCUUUAUGAAACAAGCUUAUAGAUUUUACCUUCAGCUUGGUCUGCAAACUGCUUGUUUAGCCAAAACACUUUCUGCACCAGACUUGAAAUAUUAUGGCCACGUUUGUAAACAAAAAUGGCAUCAAACCUAUUACAAAUGGAACUUUAAGUCAUGUUCAGAAUAGUGAAAAUUUCGAAGAUAAUCAUCUUUCAUUUACGGGAAAAUCUAAGGAUAUAUUGGACGUACAUGUUGAAUCAUGUUUGGACAAUGCUGAAGAGAAACCUGAAUUGGAUAUCAUAAUUAGCAAUGUUGUGUGUAGUUUCAGCGUGAGAUGCCAUUUAAAUUUACGCGAAAUCGCACUUAAUGGCUCAAAUGUUGAAUAUAGAAGAGAAAAUGGGCUUGUGAGAAUGAGGCUAAGAAAACCAUGUACAUUAGCUUCGAUUUCAUCAUCUGGAAAAGUCACUUGCACUGGAGCUACUAGCGAAGAGGAAGCGAAAAAAGCAGCUCGAAGAUGCGCCAGAUCUCUCCAAAAACUUGGUUUUAGAGUGCGAUUCAAUAAUUACAGAAUAGUCAAUGUUCUUGGAACUUGCACUAUGCCAUGGGCUAUCAAGAUUACCUCGUUUUCAACACAUUACAAAGACAUAGUUCAGUAUGAACCAGAAAUUCAACCUGGAGUAAUUUAUAAAUUGAAAAACAUGAAAGCUACUUUAAGGAUAUUUUCUACUGGCAGCAUCACAGUCACAGCACCCAGUAUCAAUGCAGUUCAAGCCGCAAUUGAACAUAUUUAUCCUUUAGUAUACGAAUUUCGCAAAGAAAGAUCAGUUGAAGAGCAAUUUGCAUUAGAAAACAAAAAAAGACGAUUGGUUUUCACGAUAAAAGAAUCUGUUAUUGGUGAAGAUGAAGAUAAUGAUAAUUUCUCAGCUGAAGAUGACAACAGUGAAAAUAGCAAUACCAGUUGGACUUAAUUUUUUUUUUUUUAAUAUACAAGACUUGAUUUUCAAGAUACAUUUAUGCUUUAAAAAUGAUUUUAAAAUAGAGACUAUUUUCUGAACUAGAACUUCAUUGCAAGGAAUUAUUUGCAUUCGAAAAAUUAGAAAAGUAUAUUUUUAAACUAAACUGAUUGGAUUAGAAACUAAUUCAUCGUUAACAGGAAUGGACGAUUUUGUGAUAUCGUUAUUCUUUAUUCUUUAAAGUAGAUUAGACUUCUUAUCAGAUUAAGCCUUAAAUUUCUGUGAAGCUCUGUUAUUUACAGUUGUGAAAUACCUUUAAAUUUUAGAUUAAUUAAUAGAAAGAAAAAUGGUAUUCAUA